GGGCGGGCACGGCCGGGGCUCUUCCCGGCGCUAUUCCCGGGAUUCUCCCGCUGCCGGCCGCCUUCCCCGAGGGCUCUGUGCCCUUGCAGGGCUCGCUGCUGGGUGGCUGAGGGAGGGUACGGCCGCAGGUCGGUGCGUGGCCCGGUGUGACGGCACCGGCGGGAGGCUGUGUCCAGUGCAGGCUCCUCAGUGCAGGAAAGACAAGGAGAGGGAGCAAAGGGCUGCACAAGCAGCGUUUGCUUUUCCUGCUGGAUUCAUCAUGAUAACCCCAGCUUUUGAACUGACCCAGGACCCGGAUUUCCUUACAGUAAAAAUCAGAGUGCCUUAUGCCAGAGCUUCAGAGUUUGACAUUUACUUUGAAGGGGAAGAUUUCAAAUUUUAUGCUAAGCCAUACUUUCUCAGAUUGACACUUCCUGGAAGAAUUGUGGAGGAUGGCAGAGAAAAAGCAUCUUACAAUACUGAUGAAGGUACUUUUACAAUUCAGUUGCCCAAGGAGGUUCCUGGCCAAUAUUUUGAGGGGCUGGACAUGCUGACAUCUCUUUUAGCACCAAAGAAAUCAAGAUCAGCAAAACCUUUGGUAGAAGAGAUGGAUACAGCUGCCUCUGCUGAGCUGUCUGAAGAGAAUGAAGAAGAAUUUGACUGGGAAAUGGAACAGAUUCCUUAUGAAGAAAGCCCUCCACCACUGCAGCACCCCUAUGGGUUUGGGAAUUUGCGCUCAGGGGUGUUCCAGAGGCUGCAGGAUGAGCUCAGUGAUGUUAUUGACAUUAAGGAUCCAGACCAAACUCCUGCAGAGGAACGUAGGAGGAGACGUUUGGCAGCUGAGGCUGCCAAGUUUGAGCCUGAUCAUUACCUAGCUGAUUUUUUUGAAGAUGAAGCUAUUAAGCAUCUUUUAAAGUACAAACCCUGGUGGAUUGGUGCUCAUAAAAAGAUGACAGCCUUGCAGGGAGAAAGUCAUCAGGAACAUGACAGUCCUGCAUUUGUUGUCUUCUCUGAGGAAGAGAGAGAGCAGAUGAGAAAGUUCACAAAUAAAUCUUACCUUCUGGAUAAAAGGAGCCGUCACCACGUGUAUCUUGGAUUAAUUGAUAUUCUUCUGGCAUAUUGCUAUGAGAUCCGUGUCAAUGAAGGGGACAAGAAUGUUGAAUCAUCCUGGAACAUCAGGAAACUGAGUGCAACAUUGUGCUGGCUGGAGAGUUUCUCCAGCAUCCAUGAUGUCCUGGUGUCUUUUGGAAGAAGAGUGCUGUGCUAUCCCCUGUACAGGCAUUUUGAGCUGGUGACACGUGCCUUCAGUGACACAGUCAUGAUUCUGCAGCUGGGGAAAGCUGCAGUGUUGAAGUGUCUGCUGGACAUCCACAAGAUUUUUAUGGAGAGUGACCCUGCCUACAUCCUUAAUGAUCUCUUCAUUACAGACUACUGCAUCUGGAUCCAGAAAGUCAAGUCAAAAAAGUUGGCUGCACUCUGUGAGUCCUUGCAGAAAACCUCGCUCAGCAAGUCCCACAUGGGGCUGGAGCUGGAAGAGCUGGAAGCAGCAGCAGUGCUGGUACAGGAGGAAGAGAAGGCGUUAAAAGCUGCUGGCACAGUUUCCAAGCAACAGCUGCUUUGCUCCGAGUCGGAGACAAGUGACUCUGAAGAAUCCAGCAGCACUUCAUCAUCUGAGACAGAAGGCUCUGAUUCAGAUGAGCAGGAGUCCUCGACCAGCGAAGAUGGGGAAAUAAAUUCUUUCCAAGGCACGCUCCAGCAGGAGAGGACAGCUCCACUUAUUGACUGUAAUGGAUUGAGGCAGGGCACAGACACUUGGGCCAGGGAGGUCGGGGAUGGAAAAUCAAAGGUUUCCUUGCAAUCUACGACUCCUCCUGGAAAACUGGUAGAAGAAUUAGAAAUGCAAAUCCAGUCUGCAAUGAGACUUUCAGAGCAGCCUGAAGGAUUGGCUACUGCAGGCUGCAUUUCACAGGAACAAGAAGAAAACCCUGUACCCGAGCCUGACAGAUUUUCAGAAGAUGCUGCUGGGAAGGGAAAUUUCUUGGAGGUGUCUCCCAAGCCCAACCCAUUGCUUUUCCUCUGCAGCACAAAUGAAGACUAAAGGACUGUGCAGGAGCACAGUGUGACCCGUGAGCUCACAGCUUGUUCUAGAGUGAGCUGUCCCAAGGCUGUCCUGUGCUGCACAAAAAUGUUUUUCUUUUUUUUUGUUGGAGGCCAAGACUGCUUUGAAAAGAAUUGAUAGGACUGUGUGAUACUCUCGCAGUUAAUUUUUAUUUGUCUCCAAUUCAGCAGUCUCAUAUUUGAUUUGAGAAUGUAUAAUUUCAAUAAACUUCUAGAAACUGUUUUCAUUAAGCUUAUUCAGUGAUAGAAUGAUGUCCUAAUCAAAUACAACUGAAAUGACUCAUUUUAAUUUUCUCUAGCUGUUGGGAUUUACUUGAAAAAUAUCCUCAUUAUGUGUGGAUAAACUUGUUUAUGACAUUGUACUGUUAUUUUAAAAUGCUUCCUAGCAAAUUACUUCAAAUAAUGGUUAUAAGUUUAAAAGUUUAAAUAUUGAUGGCAAGUUAUUUUGAAAUAUAUAAAAUCUGUAUUUUUUAUACAAAAUAAAGGAAAUUUCUAUGCCAUCAAUACAAGA